GGCGGCGGCGGCGGCGGCGGCGGCGCGGAGCGCGCAGGGCGGGGGCAGGGCCCGGGCGUCCGACAUGGAGAACUCGCAGCUGUGCAAGCUGUUCAUCGGCGGCCUGAACGUGCAGACGAGCGAGUCGGGGCUGCGCGGCCACUUCGAGGCGUUCGGCACGCUGACGGACUGCGUGGUGGUGGUGAACCCCCAGACGAAGCGCUCCCGCUGCUUCGGCUUCGUGACCUACUCGAACGUGGAGGAGGCGGACGCCGCCAUGGCCGCGUCCCCGCACGCGGUGGACGGCAACACGGUGGAGCUGAAGCGCGCCGUGUCGCGCGAGGACUCGGCGCGGCCCGGCGCGCACGCCAAGGUGAAGAAGCUGUUCGUGGGCGGCCUCAAGGGCGACGUGGCGGAGGGCGACCUGGUGGAGCACUUCUCGCAGUUCGGCGCCGUGGAGAAGGCGGAGAUCAUCGCCGACAAGCAGUCGGGCAAGAAGCGCGGCUUCGGCUUCGUGUACUUCCAGAGCCACGACGCGGCCGACAAGGCGGCCGUGGUCAAGUUCCACCCGAUCCAGGGCCACCGCGUGGAGGUGAAGAAGGCGGUGCCCAAGGAGGAUAUCCACGCGGGCGGCGGGGGCGCGCGGGCGGCGCGGGGCGGGCGCGGCGGCGGCGGCCGGGGCCGCGGGGGCGGCGGCGGCGGCGGCCGAGACCAGAACGGGCUGGCCAAGGGCGGCGGCGGCGGCGGCGGCUACAACAGCUACGGCGGCUACGGGGGCUACGGCGCCUACGGGGGCGGCGGCGGCGGCGGCUCGUACGGCGGCGGCGGCGGCAGCGACUACGGCAACGGCUUCGGCGGCUUCGGCAGCUACAGCCAGCACCAGUCCUCGUACGGCCCGAUGAAGGGCGGCGGCGGCGGCGGCGGCUGGGGCGGCCGCAGCAACAGUGGACCGUACAGGGGCGGCUACGGCGGCGGCGGCGGCUACGGGGGAGGCUCGUUCUAGAAGCCGAGCCCGGAU